AUGAUAGCGGCUUCUUACAUCAGCCUUGUCACCACUCACGACGUUCUGGCGAUCUCCCUCCGCGCAGUGCUUUACUACCUGGCAAAGAAUCCUGCAAUGCGGGCGAAGGUCCAGGCCGAGAUUCGAGACGCCGAGUUGGCCGGGAAACUCUCUCAAAUCACGCAGCAAAGGGAAACUUCCGACCUCCAAUACGUAAAUGCCGUCAUCAUAGAGGCGCUUCGGAUCCACCCCAGCACAGGUCUCAAGUUCGAGCGUUAUGUACCAAAAGGUGGAGUGGUCCUCCAUGGGAAGUUCAUCCCAGCGGGAACAACGAUCGGCGUGAAUGCCUGGGUGUUCAACCAAGACACAGCUGUCUUUGGUGAAGACAGUGAUGUCUUCCGGCCGGAGAGAUGGCUCGAAAGCCCAAGCUGCGGCCUACCCAUCUCCUGGGCUGGAGCUGACGUAGAGCCUAGGGCCAUUGGCCUCACUGUCAAGGUGUAUCUUCCGGUGCGUCACUACGAAAAGGGGGAUGGAGAGGCCGCGGCGGGCCUGAAGGAGUACCUCCGCACAAAAUCACAACCAGACUUCAGUGACAACUACACCAAGGCCAUUGAUGAGAUCAUGUCUCAUUCGAUUCGAAAAGAGCGAAAGGGCUUGCAAACUUACUUCUCCGUUGCUCUUGAGUCCGAGGAGCUUAGCACCUUUCGCCUGCCGUCUUUCUUCCAACUCCUCCAGAAUAGCUGUUAA